AAUUCAAGAAAGCAAUAAACCUUUCUUCAGAUAUUUCUCCUUCUUUUCAGUUUCUAACAUGGUAUCAGAGCAAUAAACUCUUGGUUCUUUUCUCUUAUCAUCGCUAUUGGGUUUUUUGGAGUUGGAUCUUCAAUUCCAUUCCAUUCCAGAUCUGAAACUUUGUCAUUGGGAUCUCUUCUCAUACAUAUUUGAUUAUUUAUCCUCGAUUCUCAGAUCCUUUCUGAGGUAUUUUGUUGGUUUGUUAUUUUGAUCUUGACAUCUAUUUCUCCAUAUUUUUAGAGUUUUUCAAUAUUGUGGGUUUAUUGAUUCUAUGACGAGUUUUGAAAGGAUUGUAACUCAUCUUGCUACUGCUACGGUUGCCAAAGAAGUGAUAGAACAACCUAAUGUCAACCUUGAAUCCCUAAAACAGGUGAUAUUAAAUCUUUUUAAUGCUCAUACUGCCUUAUCUACUGCUCCGGGUACCAAACCUUGUCACAUUGGUAAUGUUUCUACAAAGUCAUUGACUUUACCAAAUGCCCUUUUAGUUCCAAAACUUAGUUAUAAUCUUCUAUCUGUUGGUCAAUUAUGCGAUCUUGGUCUUGAAGUAACAUUUUCUGCUCAUGGUUGUCGUGUGCAGGACCCACGGACAGGACAACUUCUUGGAACUGGUCGCAAGAGUCUUUGCAAAUUCCAUAUCAACAAAUCUUCCAAGUCUGUGCUGUUACUAACAUUUCUCCUCUCCAUUUGUGGCACUCACGACUCGGACAUACCUCUAUCGCUUACACCUAUGGAUGGCUCUCCACUUUCUGAUCCUACUCGCUAUCGGCAAUUGGUUGGUAGUCUAGUUUAUCUUACUACGACACACCCUGAUAUAGCAUAUGCAGUUCACAUUGUUAGUCAGUUUAUGGCUGCUCCUCGCUCCACCCAUUAUGCAGUAGUACUUCGCAUUAUUCGCUAUGUUAAGGGAACAUUAUUUCAUGGACUCCAUUUUUCUGCAAACUCCUCCCAUGUGCUUCGCGCUUACUUUGAUGCUGAUUGGGCCAGUGAUCCUUCUGAUCGUAGAUCUACCACCGGUUACUGUCUUUUCCUCGAAGCUGAGUAUAGAGCUCUCGAGGAUACCACCUCAGAACUUCUUUCAUUGCGGUGGCUUCUUAAAGAUAUGGGCAUUCCUCAACCUUCUUCUACUGAUUUAUAUUGUGAUAAUCAAAGUGAUAUGCAGAUUGCUCAUAAUGAUGUCUUUCAUGAAUGCACUAAACACAUUGAGGUUGAUUGUCACGUUAUUCGCCAUCAUGUUGCACAAGGAACUGUUCAUUUGGUUUUCAUUGGCUCCGCUGAUCAACCAGCAGAUCUCUUUACCAAGGCUCAUUUUCCUAGAUGCUUUUAUAUUUCUCCUUCUUUUCAGUUUCUAACACUGGUGUCGGCCACUGCAAGAUCCGUGAAGAGUCUUCUCCAUCUUCGAUCUGCUAAAGCAAGAAAAAUGUUUAAAAAGAAGCUACCUGAAGAUGUUGUCACUGACAUAUUAUCACAUCUUCCAGCAAACUCACUAGUGCGAUUCAAAAGUGUGCGUAAAUCGUGGAUAGAUAGAGAUGGUAUUAUGAUCAUGGCUAAUCCAGGAAUUGGGGAAUUUAGGUUUCUUCCUGUAUCAUGUUUUCCUCUCCCUAAUAGCGAUCGAUACGAUGAUUUUCCCUAUCCACGUACGACAUAUGUUGUGGGAUUGGGCUUUGAUUGCAGAACUAAUGAUUGCAAGGUUAUCAGGAUCUUGGAAAUUGUGAGUCCUUAUUAUUCUCCUGGUGAAGUACAGGCCGAGGUAUACAGCUCAAGCACCAAUAUUUGGAGAGAAAUUGAGUAUGCAGAUUAUUAUGGUAUUCCUGAAAAUAAUGGAAGUUUGUCAACUUAUUGGAAUGGAGCUUUUUAUUGGCCUGCACUGAGAUACCAAGAUGGUUCUCGUGGAAUUCUUUCUUUUAACUUUAGUGAUGAGGCCUUUGAAUUUACACCAUAUCCAGAACACUCAAUUUUGUUUUACAAUUUGAUUGAGUUUAAUGAGACACUUGCUUUCAUAUCAUAUCCUCACCGAGAGCAAGGGAUGGAGAUUCGCUUUGACAUAUGGGUGAUGGGUGAAUCUGGUGCCGUUGGGGUUUGGACAAAGCUAUUGUCUACUGAACCUCUCCUUGGAGUGGACAGGGUUUUGGGAUUUGGGAAGAGUAAUGAACUCUUUGUAUUGUUGUCAAGUGGGCUGAUUGCAUCUUACAAUAUUGUUACCAACCAAAUGAAGACUCUAUUGCCAAUUGACGGUGAAGAUUUUGUGAAUAAUCACUCUAUUGUGCUUUACAAGGGUAGUCUGGUAUCAAUCAAUAGAGAAAUUUUUUAUGGUAGUUAAACGAGUAUGUUUAUUUUCCUUUUGAAGAUUUUAUGAAUAAUCUCAUUUAUUCUGUUAAGCUUUAUGAACAAUUUGUUCAACAUUUAAGCUAAUAUAUGGAUUUUAUACAA